UAUAUUCUAUUCAUAUGAUUCUCCCCACAUUCCCUCACUAAUAUUUUCUGCAACUGAGGAAGGUCGUAUUGGCUGUAUACCAUACACGUUCCCUUCUCCAAUCAAACAAGCUAUCAUACUCACAAUCAUCUGAUUACUGGGGAAGGCAGUUGCAAAUUUUCCUCUGUUAUAUAUAUUUGUUACCAUCUCCUUGUUUCGCAAUUCCCACCUACACCAAGCAUUAUGGCUACUGCUUCGGUUUACCAGGUGCAGACCUCUCCGCUGAGUGAGGCUCAGGAGUGUCUGCUGCAGGUUGUUGACGGAGAUGAAGAACCGGUGGCGGCGGCUGUGGCAGAGUCUGGAUUGAAGUUUCGGAUUCGUGAUCUUAGGAAAGUGUCUGACGCGGGGGUUUCUAUUCUGAAUGGAAUUAAUGCGGAUAUUCCUAAAGGCAUGAUUGUUGGGAUUAUUGGGCCGAGUGGGAGUGGCAAGUCUACCGUGCUUCGGUCGCUUAAUCGGCUCUGGGAGCCCCCGAAGGGCACCGUGUUUUUGGAUGGCCGGGAUAUUCUUGAUAUCGAUGUUCUUAGUCUCCGCCGGAAAGUCGGCAUGCUCUUCCAGCUCCCCGCUCUCUUCGAAGGCACGGUUGCUGAUAAUAUACGAUUUGGGCCUCAGCUCAAGGGACAGAAAUUGACAGAUAGUGAGGUUUACAAGCUGCUGACUCUUGCAGACCUUGAUUCCUCCUUCUACAACAAGAAUGGUAAUGAAUUAUCUGUAGGUCAAGCUCAAAGAGUUGCCCUUGCUAGAACCCUAGCUAAUGAUCCAGAGGUUUUGCUGUUGGAUGAGCCAACUAGUGCUUUGGAUCCUAUAUCGACACAGAACAUAGAGGAUUGCAUAGUGAAGUUGAAGAAGAAGGGGAUGACUGUGAUGAUGGUUUCUCAUAGUAUCAAGCAAAUCCAGAGGAUUGCAGAUGUGGUUUGCCUCCUUGUGAAUGGUGAGAUUGUUGAAAUCUUAAGCCCUGAUAAGCUCUCUGAAGCCAAACAUCCCAUGGCACUCAGGUUUCUUGAAUUGAGUUCUUAAAAUCACAUUAUGUUGUCUCUAUAAUGCAAGAUACAUCCUUUUGGUCUAAUCAUCCAGAAAACUAUGAAAUCUUACCACUCUUGAAAAUUAAGUGAAUUGUAGAUCCGUUCUCAAUGAAGUUUGAUGUUUUGCUUUCUGGGUUUAUUUAUAUUCUGCUAAAGUUUGUAUCUUUAACAAAUUAGGAAUUGUGAGGAAAAACUACAUUUUUAUUUAUUUUCUAUGCAAACUUGCAAAGGCAACAGUAAGUUUUCUGAUUUUU